AGAAAGAGCACCAUGUGGAAGCAGUAAAUGCAAUAACUUCAGACAGGUUUGUCAUUGGGUGCUUUAUAUGAGCUAAAUUGCUCUUCCUUGAGGCACUGGAAGUAGAAAGUGUAGAACUUUUCUCAUGGGGUUCCAUGACAUGGGUUUGGUGUUGUGUUUUGCUUGGUGUGUGUUUUAUGUGGGAAGUUGCAGUGCUCAGUUGCAGUCCUCUCAGACCCAAGUGCUUCUCCAGUUGAAAAAGCACUUGGAGUACCCAAGACAAUUGGAAAUGUGGAAAGAUCGUUGGACAGAAAUUUGCUCUAUUUCUUCUUCUACACAAGUGAACAUCACAUGCAACGACAAUUUUGUUACUGAGCUCUCCAUAUUGGGGGAUAAGCCAACAAAGGGUAGAGAUUUUGAUGGCUUUGCUAUUCCAAAUCAAACACUUUCUCAGAGCUUCUCCAUGGACUCUUUUGUGGCAACUCUAGCAAGGUUAACUAGCCUGAGAGUACUUCGUCUUGUUUCUUUGGGUAUGUGGGGACCACUUCCUGAUAGAAUUCACCGACUUUAUGCACUAGAACAAUUGGACAUGAGUUCAAACUACCUAUAUGGAUCAAUCCCUCCAAAGAUUUCCACAAUGGUGAACCUCCAAACGCUUAUAUUGGGUGAUAACUUCUUCAAUGGUACUAUCCCAAGCUUGUUUAAUUCAUCAAGUAAUCUUAUAUUUCUUAGUUUGAAAAAUAACUGGUUGAAGGGUCCUUUUCCACCUUCAAUCCUUAGUGUCAACACCCUAGUUGGCAUUGACAUGUCCAGCAACCAAAUAUCAGGGAGCUUGCAAGAUUUUACUGCUUUGAGUAACUUGGAACAGCUAGAUUUAAGUGCAAACAGAUUAGAAUCUGCACUACCUGCUAUGCCAAAAGGGUUGAUAAGGCUUUUCCUUAGCAGAAACUCCUUUUCAGGUGAAAUUCCUAAGCACUAUGGUCAACUAAAUAAGCUUCAACAGCUUGAUGUUUCCUUCAAUGCACUCACAGGCAGUGCUCCUGCUGAACUUUUUUCUUUCCCUAACAUCAGUUACUUGAAUUUGGGAUCCAAUAUGUUUAGUGGGCCACUACAAAAUCACCUAAGAUGUAGCAGCCAACUUAGAUUUGUGGAUAUAUCACACAACAGGUUAGUGGGGUACUUGCCAUCUUCACUUGGCACUGGAAUAGAAAGUAGAGUUGUUAGGAGUGAUGGAAACUGUUUAUUAGGAAGUGUGCAUAAUCAGCAUGCAGCAUCCUACUGCGCAGUGUCUCAUGUGAAGAAAAAAUCAUACAGAGUUGGAAUUUUCGUUGGUGUCAUUGUGGGCAUUGUUGUGCUCACUGUGGUUUUGGCUUUGAUCAUUGUCAUUACUUGUAAAAGGUUUUGCCCUCGAGGGAUGUCAGAGCAGCACCUAUUGCAUAAAACAGUUCAAGAUAGCUACACUGCUGGGUUCUCCUCUGAGCUUGUUACAAGUGCAAGGUAUGUUUCUGAAGCUGCAAAGUUAGGAAGAGAAGACCUCCCUGUGUGUCGUUCAUAUUCCUUGGAAGAGCUAAAGGAAGCCACAAAUAACUUUGACAACUCUACUUUUAUGGGCGAAAAUAUAUAUGGGAAGCUUUACAGAGGAAAACUGGAGAGUGGGAUACAAGUGGUAGUAAGGUGCUUGCCUUUGUCAAAAAAGUAUUCAAUCAGGAAUUUCAAACUGAGGUUGGAUUUGCUUGCAAAGCUUCGUCACCCGCAUUUGGUAUCCCUCCUGGGACACUGCAUUGAUGGAGCAGUAGGAGAGCAUAAUGAGACUAACGUCUUUCUCAUUUAUGAAUGUGUCUCAAAUGGAAGUUUCCAGACUUUUCUCACUGGUGAUAGUCCUGGCAAGGUUUUCAAUUGGUCAGAGCGAUUGUCAGUUCUAAUUAGCAUUGCUAAGGCUGUCCACUUCCUACACACUGGCAUGAUUCCUGGUUUCUUCAAAAAUCGACUUAAGACCAACAAUAUAUUGCUGAAUGAGAAUUGGAUGGCAAAGUUAAGUGAUUAUGGAUUGUCCAUUAUCUCAGAAGAAACUGAUGCAUGUGGGGUAAAAGGAGAAAGUGCUAACUCAUGGCAAAUGAAAAGGCUUGAGGAUGAUGUUUAUAGCUUCGGAUUCAUACUACUUGAGGCACUAGUUGGACCUUCAGUGUCAGCUAAAAGCGAGGCCAUCAUGCUGAAUGCAAUGGCAUCUUGCAAUAAUCAGGAUGGGUGGAAACAGGUUGUGGACCCAGUUGUGCAAGCUACAUGCUCUAAAGAAUCAUUGUUUAUUGUGAUUUCCAUAACAAACAAAUGUAUUUCUCCGGAGUCCUGGAGCCGACCAUCCAUUGAGGAUGUCCUUUGGAACUUGCAGUAUGCUUCUCAAGUUCAAGUUCAGGCAACAGCUGAUGGGGAUCAGAAAAUAUGAUACUCCACAAUUCAGUGACUUCUUGAGUUUUGCUUCAAGCUACUCCAAAAGAAAACAACCAUUUCCACAUUUCAUCUUUUGGAAAUUUUACAAGGGAAGGAGAGUAUUAACUGCAUAUACCUAUGGCCCUACGUGACCAGUUUUCACCAUGUGUGUAUAGUAUUAUUAUAAGGUUAAU